AAAUGGACCUCUUUAGCACCAUCCUCUGGCUGACAGCGGUUAACGCAAUUCCGUCAACGAUCACGUUUCUCAUGCUUCAUUUCUUAGCUUUUGAACAAGAAAUAAUCUUAUUUAAUUGACUAUAGUUUUAGAGGUUAUUACACUGCUUGCCGUAUAUAUACGCCACGGUACGGUCGGUGAUUUAUUCUGCCUGACAGUCUGGAGAGCUGGCGACGAGGAGCAGGAAGGUCAGACGCAACGGGAUUGGCUCCUGCCAGAAGCCCCCCUAUUGGCCGGUUGGUUCUUCGCUUGACCAUGCGCAAUGCAUCGGCGAGAAUGUUGAGCUGUUGUUGAGGAGUACGCUGGUCUUUGGCUUUUCUACCUACGCCUUCCUCAGGUGUCCUCAGUUGCUGUGAAUACUUUCCCAGGUAGAUCACCAUGGAGCAGGGCAUACCCGAGGCGAUACUGUCGGAUACUCGUCUCCUCCAAGACUUGGCAGAGGUGGCAAAAGACACCGCUCUUCUCAAUGGUGUCUUAAUGCGGACCGAAGAGGAGCCCAACUCCUCAGAGUUGGUGACCUACGCUCCAUUCACGCUGUUCCCGACCGCCGUGCCCAGAGGCGUGUUCGAGCAGGCGCUGGCGGUACAGACCCAGUACAACCUGCUGGUGGACAAGAUCAGCCAGGACUCUGAGUUCUUGGAGGAGGCUCUGGCUAGCACCGCGGAAUCGGAUGACUUCACCGGGAGGCUGUUUAGCAUUUAUCGGCAGACGAUAAAAGAAGGGAGGUCACAGUCCGUCGUGCUGGGGCUGAACCGCUCUGACUACAUGCUGGACCAGCAGGAGGACUUGCCCACCGCCCUGAGGCAGAUAGAGAUCAACACCAUCGCGGCCAGCUUCGGCGGACUGGCGUCGCACACGCCUGACCUGCACCGACAUGUGCUUAAAGUGGCAGGCCUCUCGGACCUCAGCCACCGUAUCCUUGACAACAACCCGGCCGCAGGCUUGGCCAGGGGGCUAGCUAAAGCCUGGGAGCUCUACGGAGUAGAGAGGGCAGUGGUCAUGUUCCUGGUGGAAGAUGUCCAGAGGAACAUCAUGGACCAUCGAUGCGUUGAGAAUGAACUGUGGAGCAGAGAUAUCCCAACUAUAAGAAGAAAAUUUGAAGAUGUGUCCCUUGGCCCGGACAAGCGGCUCUUUGUCGAUGGCCAGGAGGUGGCGGUGGUGUACUUCAGGAAUGGCUACAUGCCUCAGAACUACCCCACAGAACAGAGCUGGGAGACCCGCCUGUUGAUAGAGCGCUCCCGGGCCAUCAAGUGUCCCGACAUCGCCACCCACCUGGCCGGGACCAAGAAGGUCCAGCAGGUGCUGGCCCGGCCGGGGGUCCUGGAGCGCUUCUUCCCCGAGCAGCCCCAGGUGGUGCAGCAGAUCAGGGCCACCUUUGCUGGCCUCUACACCCUGGACCAGGGCCAAGAGGGGGACAAAACGGUCGCCAUGGCGAUGGCCAAUCCGGAGCAGUUUGUCCUGAAGCCUCAACGCGAAGGAGGAGGGAACAACUUCUACGGGUCUGAGAUCUGCCGGGUCCUGGAGGAAGUCCGGGGCUCCAGCAAGCGCACGGCCUACAUCCUGAUGGACAAGGUGCGGGCGCGGGCCUCCGUCAACUACCUGCUGCGGCGAGGCGCGCCCCUGCAGCCCAGCCAGUGUCUCAGCGAGCUGGGGGUGUUCGGCGUCUACGUCAGGCAGGGUACGGACAUGGUCAUGAACGAGUGCGUCGGCCACCUGCUGAGGACCAAGAGCUCGGAGCACGCCGAUGGGGGCGUGGCCGCGGGCGUGGCCGUGCUGGACAACCCCCUGCUGGUCUGAGAGAUGCAGAACACUGACCCCUGCUGGUGGGCGGCUGAACUACCGCACGAAGGCCAUCGGGAGGUCCCCAAAGAGGGACCCAUGCAACCCCCAUGGGGUUUUACUGCUCCGGGGGUUGGAGACGUGAUGCUGUACGUGUUUUCACACGUUUUCGUGUUUCACGUUUUUUGUCCAAUAUUACGCUGAGCAAGCAGUUUUGAUACCAAGUAAUAAGUUGGUAAUGGCUGUACCCAUUUGGGUGUAAGAGCGUAUAUUUUUUAUAUUUGUGUGUGCAUAUAAUUCAGGAAAAUGAUAUGAAUUGCGCGAAGAGGUGAAGAAAAGAUUUGCGGACAGGCUGUAGGCUAAACACUACGGGGCUGGCCAAAAAGAAUGUAGAACUGAAAAAAAAAGAAUGCGUUGAGUUGUCAUGGUUUCCUCAAACAUUCUAGAAGGUUUCCCUGCCCCGCUAACUAAAGGGCCCAGCCACUUGAAUAAGAUAUAUUCUUCUUCUGCUUGAAGACACGUUUUAAGGUGGUAAUCAUGCCUUUUUAGAUAUUACGAUAUCAACGUUUAGAGAAUUAUAUUACAACGUAGCGGUGGCAGUGUGCGUGGAUGACGGCUGGUUAAAGCAGCCGCACCUGGACCUGGCUCGGAUUGGACUCUGGGGCUCGGUGAGGCUGCGCAGGUUCAACCAGCCGUCUCCACCACACACUCAGGGAGAGUUCUCCUAGAUGGCAACAUGGAGCACCAGGUCAUGUACCGUGAUCCACCAAGCUGUACAACAAACCGGUCUUUGUACAGCCCCACCCUGAAUCCUUUGUCUGGAGGAACACUAUUGAAGUAAUCAGGAGUGUGGCAGCCCCCUUGGUGACGUGGAACACAAGGCAGGUCAAUAACAUGACCAGAAUCCAGUGUGAUCUCUACUCUUAAUCAGUGAUUAUGUUAUGCAUUCAUCUAAUCUUUGUUUUAGACCGAUUUUGUUAAAUGUUGAUUGUAAAUAAUAAAA